GAUUCAGUGAUACAUUUUGGCCACUUUCUAUAACCGCACCUCAAUUUUUUACACCUUGCAAUGUUUACAUCGCAAUGAACGUUACAUAACAAUGUGCGUUUCUAAGUAUUGGUGAAACAAUCCGUUUCGAUCGUGUGUCAAAAGCAUAUGUUUUCAACAUUUUGAGCGUCCAUCUACUAAAGCCGCACAGAGUGUGUUGCUUCGGUUUGUUGUUUUUUUUCUGCCGAUUUACUCAAGCAGUUAACUUCAAAAUGCCGAAAGGGAGUGUUUUAAGUGCGGAAGAAAAAAUGCUGAUUACCGUCUAUACCGAGGAAGGUGUUCGUGUUAGAGAAAUCGGACGGCGACUCACACGAUCGGAUAAAGUGAUAAGGAAUUAUUUGAAGGACCCACAAAAGUAUGCGACCGUUAAGCGAAGGCCGAGACAAUCAAAGCUGUCGGCGGAGGACAAGCGGAAUAUUGUGGAACUGGCUUCAAAUUCCGACUUAUCCCUAUCGAAAAUCAAAUCCACGAUGAAUCUACCAGUGUGCAGGGAGACGGUUCGCAAGGUUUUGCUUACCAGCUCCAACAUAGCACAAACGAGAAUAAAUAAGCCAUCAAAUUUCACUCCAGAACAGAAACAGGAAGAUCUCGAAUUCGCUAGUCUCAAUGUGUUCCAGCAACGAAAUUGUGCAUCAACGUCGUGUAACGAGUUUUAUGAUGAAUAUUCAACAAUCAAGAUCCAGUACCCAGAUCUUAGUGGCAGCAGUAGCGACGACACCACUGAAACACAGCCCAAGGGGAAAUUGUUAUCCGGACAGUCAGAAGCUCAAGCAACCGUGAAAAAACUCAACAAUCCCAGAGACAUCAUAACAGUGUCUGCCCCGGGUCCAAGAGAGCCAGAAGAUGAAUGUGAUGUAUUUGGAAGACAUGUAGCAAUGCAGCUCAGGCAGUUAUUUUCAAUUGACCGAAUUGAUGCGACCGAUGAAAUACAUACACUACUCUCUGGAUACCAUAAGAAAGCCCUCUGUGCUGACAUUGUGUAUUCACCUUCCAGCCACUGGUCCGAAUCUGCCCAAGCUCAGCAAACUUCUACACCAACAGAUUCACUGGGAAAAUGCAUAAAAUCAGAGCCUAUUUAAAUAAGAUAUACAAGAUAGACAAUACAAUGACUGUACAAAAAAAAAAACAAAUGAACAAAGCCGUUAGGAACUUGAAUAUGAAUAAUGAAGAUUACUUAUUCAGAUAAACUCUUUUAGUCUCACAAAUACAGUAUUAGGGGAAAUCAGGGAAAAAUCGACACCUCCUGAUUUUUUUCAGCUAGAAGCAAUUUUUUGAAAAUUUUCCGAUGAAAUAACCACUUGUCAUUUCUUACGUUUCGAGUCACCCCAUAGCUGCGGAAGUCGUUUUGCUGUCAACCCUUAUAACAAAACAGAACCGGUCAUCAAACAGGAGACAGUCCAUGUAAGAUUUCGCUCGAGGAAUUUAAGAGUUUAACACAUUGCGGACCGCUCACGAUAUUUCUCGUGUUUCGCGUUCCGUCUGUUACGGAUGGAUCGCGAAAUAACCAGUGUUUUCUACACUUGAAGGUUGAAUCCUUGGUUUCCCAAGAAUGUAACAAGGCCUAUAGAUGCCUCGACUUCGUCUCAUUCACAUCGAAAAAAAUGAUCUCAUUCGUGGAAUCCGAACAAAUGAAGCGUUCAAGUUUGCCCCAAAACGUGCGGUCCUUAAUAUGUUAAGUCGGAAAGAUUUUUAAAAUUCGACACUCUUAUGAGCUUAAUUCAUCGUAGAUCAUUGUUCAGUGUAGUUUGUGAAACGAUAGGUGGUGUUGUGGAGUAUAUAUAGAUAACUAGCUGACCCGGCAAAUUUCGUCCCGCCCAAAAUUUGUUUUUUUGUUAUCAAUACCUUCAAACAUUCACGUUUUCUUACUAUGAGCAAGUUCAUGGGUUCAAUUGCAGAACUGUUCAUUGAUUGACCUUCUAGUCGACCCCGUUGAAUUUACCUUUCACUAUAAAAUUCUUAGUAUUUCUAACAAAACUCAUCAUUAUAAUAUCAGAUUACUUUCAGACACAAUUCUCGUUCAAGAUUUUUCAACCACUAGCAAAAAACAUGUUUCUCCGUUACAUG